UGUUUUAAUUUUUAAAGAAAUACACUGAAAAUGAUUAAUGUAAUUGAAAAUUACUAAUUUACAAAUAUGUUAUAUAACAUAUCAUUUUGUUUGGUUUAGUAUCCAACCAGUACUGGAUGUAGCCUUUCCCCCGGGCAAGAUGUCCAAUUUUAUUAAAAAAAGAUAAAGAACAACCAACAAAUUACCGACAAUUAAAAAUCUCGAUCUAUCAUAAACUUUAUAUACUAUAAAUCGAAAAUAAACACCAUAUGGAUGUAUGUCUGUGCAACUAUUAAAAUAAACACAUAUGUGCACGGAUCAAGCUCUAGUAUAAUAUUGAAUAUCUUCCAAACUAUGACCGUGUCUUAUAUAUUUUUGAAUUUUAAUUUCAAAAACUGUAUCCCCACGUAUUGAAAGUUCAAAACUCCAACUCUCAGAAAUGAAGUUUCAAACUCCAAAGCCCAUAAACCUUAAUUACAUCGGGUUAAAGAUAGUUUAAUGUUUUUUAAUCACACCAUAAAUCUUACUCCUUCCGUUUUUGAAUAAGUGUCACUUUGAAAGUGACACUUUUUCACACAGACUUAGAAAGUAGCAGAAAUAUAUGUAAAUUGUUAUUUAAUUAUAUUUUCUGACCAAUAACAUUUGAAAUAAAUAAAAUUAUUUAUAAAAUAAUUGCAGUUUGCAAUUAAUUUUCAGCUGAAAGUAAAUAUAAUUUGCAUUGGAAUUGUAAAAUGACAUUUUUUGUGUAACAAGAAAAAAAACUAGAAUGACACUUAUUAUAAAACAGAGGAAGUAUAAAUUAUUGUUCGAAGCGGUGAGGCUUUGGACUUGUAUCGAGUGGUGUAAUCUCAAUACUCCGAUGAUUAAAUGAAGUUGUGUUUCAAAAAAAAAUCAUCUUCAAAUCAAUGUAGUUAAAGUUUAUAGGUUUUAGAGUUUCGAGCUUUAAUUUUGGAGAGUUUGGAAUUUUGAAUUUUCAUUCUCCAAGAAUACAGAUUUCCAACUUUAAAUUCGUAGGUAUUUAGAAUGUAAUUAUAGUUUAGAAAACAUAUGAUCUGAUGCUAUGCGAUAGUUUAGGCGGAAAGAAAUAGUUUGUAUACUCUUUUUCAUCACAUGACUAUUCAAUAUUCGACUAAUUAUUUUGGUAAGAAUAUUAAACUAAUUUUUAAAAGACUGAAAAGGUCCACAUCAUUGUGUAUCGCUUUGGAAUUGGUCUCCAUUAAUACAUAGUUAGUAACUAGUACACACCAAACAAUGCAUUCACUUCACAAUUCGUUUUAUACUUUUAUGAAACAAAUUUUGCGUAAGUUCCAACAAGAAGAAAAUAGUAAUAACAUAGUAUCAGCAAAUGGAGUUUUUCCAUAAAGCUAAAGCCGUUAGGAUGCGUAACAUACACGAGAAGUAUCUAAUGGCGGAAGAGGACGUGGAGUCGGUGACUCAAGAAAGGAAUGGUUCCGAUAAAAGAGCUCGAUGGACCGUCGAACCUGUUCGUGGUUCCUUUGAAGCGAUCCGUUUGAAGAGUUGCUACGGUAGCUAUCUCACCGCUUCGAACGAGCGGUUCUUGCUCGGUGCCACGGGGCGUAAAGUGGUUUUGUCGAAACCGAGUGGACUUGACUCGUCCGUAGAGUGGGAGCCGGUGAAAGAAGGGUCAAAAGUAAAGCUCAAGACUAGACACGGUCACUUCCUCCGAGGCAAUGGUGGACUUCCUCCGUGGCGUGACUCAGUCACUCAUGACUCUCGUCGUAGCUCGGACUCGUUCUUGUGGGAUGUUGAUGUUGUCGAAACUACGUCGCUGGCUCUAGUUCCGGUUGCAACUCCUCCGCUACAUAGGAGGCAGUCAAGUCCUCCCAUGUCUAGGUCCUCUUCAGAAAAAUCUGAGCAAGAGGCGCUAAGGGAAGAGACUAGCAUUGGACAUGGAUGAUGCUGUUGUGUGUAUAUGCAAUCCCUUAAAUGGUAAGCUGUUUCUUGUUCGUAUGCAGUUUCCGCCAAAUAGCAAAACAAUGCAUGUCGUUUUAGUAGCUUCAUUUACUUCUUAAAUGGUACGCUGUGUGUGUUUUGAAAUAGUGGUCGAUGUAUUAGCACAAGUUUGGGAUAUGGUGUUGACAGAAGGUAUGAUUGGUCCUCGGUUCCGUUAUAUAAGAAUGUAAACUAUGCAAUAUAUAAAUAGAUUAUUAUUGUGGGUACUAAUCUUGCAAUUUAUUG